AUGGUGCCUGACCAGCCUGGUGCACUUUCGGGGGCGAUCCCACAUGGUGCGUUGUUACGAGCGGUCGAAGACGAUGCCCCUACAUCGAAGACGUCGACAGACUUCCUAUGGGUGGGCCCAGAUGAGGAUCCUCAAGACCGCACUGCUGCUCGGGCCAAACAAGCGUUUAUAAGGACACGAUAUCACCGACGGAAAAAGGAAACCCAACUGCAGAACUUGAAGUCUUCCGUGAAACCCUUUCCGACCGAGAACCGCCUUGUACGCUCUCAAGAAGCUCUUGUUCCUGUCGCAUAUACGCCGGUAUUGGGACAAGCCACCAACUUGGACGUUUUAGACGGUGUUCUUUCUUUGUCUCUUCGCACAGACCAAAAUACGAACCUGUAUUUCCACCACUUCAAGUUCUAUGCAUCAAAAGCAUACCUUCCUCUAUAUUCGGACGGGCUAAAAAUGUCGCUUCUGCAGAUGGCCUUUGCUGAGCCAGCCACGUUGAAAACCUUCUUAUCAAUCGCCGCGUUCCAUCGGGCUAUUGGCCUCUCGCUCCGUGAUGCGUCUCCACAAACUGUCCAAAAGUCCGUUCAAGAUGGUCUCCAGCUGCGGGGUGAAGCCAUCAAAUCACUCCGGCAGGUAAUCGGCCGGCCAUCCUAUCGUUAUUCAGAGGCCAUACUCAUGGCCAUGGUACAUCUCCUUUAUAUCGAAGGUGCCGAAGGCAAUGUGGAAGCAGUCGAUGCCCACAUGAAAGGUCUGAAAAGGAUGAUUGAAGCUCAAGGGGGCAUUGACAAACUAGGAUAUCGCGCAGAAACUCUAGUAUACUGGUAG